AUGUUCUCUCUUAAUUAAAUUAGAACUCCGAAAUUUUUAUAUUGCUUGAGAAACUAUAGAGUGAAGAAUUAAAUUUUAGUGAUUUAACUUUUAAUAUUUACUGUGAUUAUUGCCUUUUUGACGAUAGCCUUGGUGAUUAAUAGAGUAAUAAUUGAAUCUGUGAUUGAGAAGGUCUCGCUAUAAUUGCUAUAAAAUAUUAAUCAAAAGGCUCUUCAUAAACAAUCAACGUAUUUGGAGUACUAAACCUUCUUAACUUUUAAUUUUGGCUUUGGCCUGCUUAAUAAAAUUAAUAAUGAAAACUUGUAUUUGCUUAAACAAUAAAAUAUUAUGUUAGGUAAUACACCCUUUAGUUGUGUUGAUUAUAAUGUAAGAGAUAUUCAACCCUUCCAGUAUUAUCUACCGCAACUCUGUUAUUAUUAUGCUAAUCAUAUUGAUUUUGCUUUAAUUCCAAAAACAGAAAUUGAUUAACAUUUGAUAGUUUUGAUUUAAAUGUUAAACUAAUAAUUAUUGUUAAUCGGUUAUAGCGAACUGGAACCAACAAUUUAUUUGACAUAAUAAGGAGAUGGGCAGUUUUUUGCCAUCAUUCCAUAAAAAAUGAGAUACCCCAUGUACAGACCAAAAGAGAGACAGUGGUACAAGGAUCAUAUUGCAGCUCUGAACAAUAGUAAUCAACCUGAAGUGAUAUCCGAAAUCUACAGGAAUUACGAAACACAAGAAUUCGAAUUUACUCUCACUGUUUCAUUGACUGAUUCAGAAUUAGAAUUUGAUGGAGUCAUUGCUUUGGACAGCAAUUUCCAAGUGAUCAAGCCAAAAAUAAACUAUGAUUAAUUAAAUAUUUAUCUGGUUGAUUUAGAUGGUAGGAUAUUGAUUUCGAAUGUUUACCCCAACAUCAAUUUUGUCUAAGAGUUGAAGUUCUUUAAUGACACUUCAAUCACUGGAUUUGACAACGAAGACUGGAAUGAAGUCCUCAAUCAAAUACUUAAUUAGAAGGGAUAAUCAAAUUGCCAAUUCGACUACAAAAAUUUUUGUAGGUACAAUAAGCUAUUUGAGUAAGAUUUGUUUAUUCGAGGAUUUGGUAUCCACAAUAGAUUCUAUCAAAUAGUAUUCGUAGAUUACAAGUUCAUGGAGUAGAAUGAUAAUGAUACUCAAUAGUUGAAAUCUGAAUUGCUAAGCUAAGCAACUGCUUAAUUGUUCUAUUAUAGUAUCUACAAUAUUUCAGGCAUUCUUCUUUGCUGGAUAAUCAUGCAUUUCUUUCUAAAACCUUAUUAUGAAUUAACUAGGUUAUUUUAAUAGACGACUCAAACCAAGUUCAACUAGAAAUAUGAAAUAGCUUUAAGGAAGGUCAAACUAUUUAAACAGAACAAUCUCAUUCAAACUGGACUCGAUAAUCUCUGCAAUACUUUAUCUAAAAUAAGAUCCAAAAAAUCAAGGGAGUGUCAUUAUUUGGAAAAUUACAAGUACCCAAAGAAUUUAGCCAAAAACGCUUAUAAAUUCAGAUAUUAUAUCAAGCAAUUUCCAAAAUGA